AUUUUUCCUUUGAGAAAUUUCAACAAUGUACUCACCACUUUUCUACAUUGGAACUUUACUGCUGGUAGCCAUUUUCAACUGGAUUUACAAAUGGAAGAAUCCAAGGUGCAAUGGGGUCCUCCCACCAGGUUCAAUGGGAUGGCCACUUGUUGGAGAGACACUUCAGUUCUUUGCUCCCAACACUUCUUCCGACAUUCCUCCGUUCGUAAAGGAGAGAAUGCAAAGAUAUGGAUCGAUAUUCAAGACUAGUUUGGUGGGACGGCCUGUUAUUGUAUCAACAGAUGCAGAUCUUAAUUAUUACAUCUUCCAGCAAGAGGGAAAGCUGUUCCAGAGCUGGUAUCCUGAGACCUUCACUGAAAUAUUUGGCAGGCAGAAUGUGGGUUCUCAGCAUGGUUUAAUGUACAAGUACCUUAAGAAUAUGGUGCUGAAUCUCUUUGGCCCUGAAAGCCUUAAAAAGAUGCUUCCAGAGGUUGAGAAAGCAUCGAUGAAAAGCCUGGAAAGAUGGUCUCACCAGAAUGUGAUUGAUAUGAAGGAAGCAACUGCACAGAUGAUAUUUGACCUGACUGCAAAAAAGCUAAUCAGCUAUGAUGCAAAAACAUCAACUGGAAAUCUAAGGGAGAAUUUUGUUGCUUUCAUAAAUGGUUUGAUCUCCUUUCCUUUGAACAUUCCAGGAACAGCCUACCACAAAUGCUUACAGGGUAGAAAGAAGGCAAUGAAUAUGCUGAAAACCAUGCUACAAGAAAGGCGGAAAAGCCCAAGGAAAAUCCAGAGUGAUUUCUUUGAUUAUGUCUUGGAAGAACUUCAGCGUGAAGAUACAGUUCUCACAGAGCCAAUAGCUCUUGACUUAAUGUUCGUAUUGCUCUUUGCAAGCUUUGAGACAACCUCAUUAGCAAUCACUUUAGCAGUUAAGUUUCUGCUAGAUCAUCCACUGGUUUUGAAAGAACUUAUGGAAGAGCACAACACAAUUAUUCAAAGGAGGGAAAGUUCAGAGUCUGGAUUGACAUGGAAUGAAUACAAAUCAAUGAAAUUCACAUUUCAGGUUAUCAAUGAAACAGUCAGAUUGGCCAAUAUAGUACCAGGGAUUUUCAGAAAAACACUGCAAGAAACCAAAUUCAAAGAUGAUUUUAUACCUUACAAUGCAGGGUACACAAUUCCUGCUGGUUGGGCUGUCAUGGUAUGUCCUCCAGCUGUGCACCUAAACAGCACCAAAUAUAAAGAUCCCCUCGACUUCAAUCCAUGGAGAUGGGAGGGAAUAAAUACACACGGUGCAUCAAGAAACUUCAUGGCCUUUGGAGGAGGCAUGAGGUUUUGUGUUGGAACAGAUUUCACAAAGUUGCAAAUGGCUGUAUUUCUUCAUUGCCUCGUAACAAAGUACAAGUGGGUAUCAUUCAAGGGAGGGAACAUUCUUCGAACACCUGGUCUGCAAUUUCCAAAUGGAUUCCACGUUCAAAUAACUAAAAAAGACCCAUAAGAGAAGGAGCCUGACUAAAGAUCAUGGACAGCUACGCCAUUGGAUGGGUGAAAGCAGGGACUUUCAAGAAUCAACUAGGUAAAAGAUACACAAAAAGGGACAUGUAAAUGAAUGGUCCGUCAUAUAGGGGAGCGAUUGAUGCAGGGAAACUAGUCGGGGAUUCAAGAAACAUUUUGGUUCAUUACGUUUACACAACAUAUACGGUACAGACAAUGACAGGUCAAGGAAAUCCACAGAAAGAAACAUUCAUUCAGAAUAUCCUCUGUGAAUAUGUAAAGUUUAAUUGUUACCUUUUUUACACUGUUUCACUUUUUUGCUUUUCCUACAGAAUAUGAUGCACUAGCGAAAUGUAUCAAUGACUAUACUGUUUUGAUUGGACCACAUUAUUUUUUCGAAUCAAAUCACAAAAAAUUAAUGGAUCGAACAUGUGAAAACAAAAUGAGCCGAACCCAAAAAGCAUUUGGGUUCAGUCCAUUUAGCAUUUAAAUGGAAAUGACGAAGCCGCCAGUCCCAGUUGCUUGAUGUAACAGAGAAACCCUAACCCUACGAUCGUUAUAUAAUAUGUGCGUACGGCAUAUAAACCUAACCCUAGAACACAGUUCAAUAGUGCGUGCGUGUGUGCGUAGUGUGACCGUCUCCAUAUCGGUUUCCAUGUCGAUUUCUAUAUUCCUAUAAUUCUGAUUCUGAUUCUAAAGCUGGAAGGACGGGCGGCUGUGAUUAAAAAGAGAGAGGGUAGAGUUGCGGAGAUAGAUGAAAGAUUGUGAAGGUUUCGAUGUUGCAGCCCCCUCUGUGAGACACAGAGGGCUGGCUUUUGGCACACAAUAGACUUUCAUCUUCAAUUUCAUCUAUCAGUUAUUCGCCACUAUGAAUUACCUUUUCCCAAUCUACACUUGAUAUGAGCCUC